AUGGAAGAACGCCUAAGCUAUGAUCCUUCAGGCGGUUUGACGGGGUAUGAUGAGUGGUCAAGGCUCGCGAUAAGAAAGGAUGCGAGAGGGGUGUACCGGCCCAAAGCCUGGUUACGACAGCCCGGGCACCCCAAUCAUUUGUACCUUCUGAUCCCCAGUGCCUCGAAGGAACCCCCUGUAUUUGCAAUGCAAAGGGGUCUAUUGAAUAGCCGCUGGGGCUAUCUUUGCAGGACACCGCUCGUGGAUCUCCAAGGGGAGAGGAUCGAUCAAUCCGGCGAAGGAAGAUUCCGGCAGCAGCAGGCGGCGGAGCACGGGAAUGGAACUCGGAGCAAGACUGGCAACUGGAUCGGCAACGGCAGCAGCUUCGAAGGCGGAGCAAAGAUGGUGCGGGUCCGCCUGGCUUUGAUCUGGGUCACUGAUCGGAGGCGGAGCAGCUGCUGGGCGACGGGCGGUGCUCGGGCUUGGCUACAGGGAGAGACGGAUGCGCGGCGUCGACGAUCAGGCGUCGGACUUUCUCGGACGGCAAUCGGUGGGACCGAGCUUCAAGCGACUGUCGGAACGGUGGCGGUGUCGCACGGGUCGUCAGAGCAGAGGGCUGUCCGUCGGGAUCGUGGGUCAGCCGGCGGUAGGGUGGCAAGGAUCGGCGCGGCUUCAGCAAGCGUCGGCGAGGGAUGGAGGCUGCUGCAAGGUGGUGCGACGCUGGGUGGGCGUCCGGAUCUGGCGCGGCAGCAGUGCUGGUGUGGCGGCGACGCGAGGGCUCUGCAGGCGGCGGUAGGCGCGAUGGGAUCUCGGAGCGGUGCAGUUCGGUGGCGUCGCUGCAGCACGGGUGGAGAGCUGCAGAUCUGGCUCGGGUUCUGCUCUAGCGGGGGCUCAGCGAAGAUCAACACGGGAGACGGACAGCAGGAGGGUCUCGAACGGCAGAUCGCAGGUGAGGCAGGCAGAACGGCGAUGCAGCGCCCGGCCAAUCCCAAACACAACACGUGUAUAAAUCCACAUUUUCACUUCCAAACGAUCCAAAACAAACCUAACUUCACACUGAUCCAGGCUAAACCCUCCCAAAGCCCCCUCUAUCCCCAACCGCCACCGCGCCACCAUGCAAGCCUCCUCGCCUCCCCACGCGCCGCCCCUCUCCGCCCCUUCUCCCUCCCUCCCCACCACCGCCCGCGGCACCUCCCGCCGAGACCCUUCACUCUCAAGGCCUCCUCCUCGUCAUCGUCUUCUGCUUCCCCUUCUUCUUCGACCGUGGCGUCGCCCCCGCUGCCCGCCCAGGCCAACAAGCUCAACAAGUACAGCUCCCGCAUCACCGAGCCCAAGUCUCAGGGUGGCUCCCAGGCCAUCCUCCACGGCGUCGGCCUCUCCGACGACGACCUCUCGAAGCCCCAGGUUGGGAUCUCCUCCGUCUGGUACGAGGGCAACACCUGCAACAUGCACCUGCUCGGCCUCUCCGAGGCCGUGAAGGAGGGCGUGAGGGAGGCCGGCAUGGUCGGGUUCCGGUUCAACACGGUCGGCGUCAGCGACGCCAUCUCGAUGGGCACGCGGGGGAUGUGCUUCAGCCUCCAGUCCAGGGACCUGAUUGCGGACAGCAUCGAGACCGUCAUGUCUGCCCAGUGGUACGAUGGGAACAUCUCCAUUCCCGGCUGCGAUAAGAAUAUGCCUGGUACAAUCAUGGCAAUGGGACGCCUCAACCGACCAAGCAUCAUGGUUUAUGGUGGAACCAUCAAGCCAGGUCAUUUUCAAGGCCAUACAUAUGAUAUUAUAUCUGCCUUUCAGUGUUAUGGGGAAUAUGUAGGUGGAUCAAUUAGUGAUGAGCAAAGGAAAAACAUAGUCCAUAAUUCAUGCCCCGGUGCAGGGGCAUGUGGUGGCAUGUACACCGCUAAUACUAUGGCCUCUGCCAUUGAAGCUAUGGGAAUGUCUCUUCCUGGAAGCUCUUCCACACCUGCCGAAGACCCAAUGAAGUUAGUUGAGUGUCGGUUAGCUGGGAGGCAUCUCCUGGAACUAUUAAAGAUGGAUUUGAAGCCACAGGACAUUAUCACCGAGAAAUCACUGCGUAAUGCGAUGGUAGUCGUGAUGGCACUUGGUGGGUCCACCAAUGCUGUGUUACACUUAAUUGCUAUUGCAAGGUCUGUGGGUUUAAAGUUGACUCUUGAUGAUUUUCAGAAGGUUAGCGAUGAGGUUCCAUUUCUUGCUGAUCUUAAGCCCAGUGGCAAGUAUGUCAUGGAGGAUGUGCACAAGAUUGGAGGAACACCUGCAGUUAUCCGCUACCUCUUGGAACUUGGAUUUUUAGAUGGUGAUUGUAUAACUGUUACUGGGAAGACGCUUGCUGAAAAUGCAAAGGCUGCUCCUUCAUUGGCUGAAGGACAGGAUAUAAUAAGGCCCCUCCACAACCCGAUAAAGAAAACUGGACAUAUUCAAACAUUAUAUGGAAAUCUUGCUCCUGAUGGUUCUGUGGCCAAAAUAACUGGGAAAGAGGGCCUGUACUUUUCCGGACCUGCACUUGUUUUUGAAGGUGAAGAGUCUAUGAUUGCAGCUAUCUCAGAGAAUCCUAUGAGUUUCAAGGGAAAAGUGGUUGUUAUCAGAGGGGAGGGGCCUAAAGGUGGACCAGGCAUGCCUGAAAUGUUGACACCAACAAGUGCAAUAAUGGGAGCAGGUCUUGGAAAGGAAGUUGCAUUAUUAACUGAUGGUAGAUUCUCAGGAGGCUCACAUGGUUUUGUUGUUGGCCAUGUAUGUCCUGAAGCACAGGAGGGUGGUCCUAUUGGCCUCAUUGAAAAUGGAGAUGUCAUCACUAUUGAUGUUGAGAAGAGGAGGAUUGAUGUCCAACUAUCAGAUCAGGAGAUGGAGGAGAGAAGGAAGAAGUGGAAUCCCCCUCCACUUAAGGCGGCACAGGGAGUUCUCUACAAGUACAUAAAGUGCGUACAGUCAGCUGCCAAUGGUUGCGUUACAGAUGAAUAACUGGAGCCAGAUUGACUACUAUAUAACAGUGUAUAGAGUGCGAAAAAAGCAGCUGGUGUGUUAAUGUACACUAGUAGUGCUGGUGGAUACUCUUGCGGCUUGUUUAUGGUGCCGAUUCAGGUUCCUAUUCUUUUCAGCCUUUGUAGCAUAAGUUCUUAUUUAUAUUUCGUGGUUCCUCUUUCUAGUAUGUUUCUUCUGGAAGGAUUGUUGUUUGACACGUUGUCAAUUUUCUUUGUGCUUGUGUUUGUAUUGGGAAUGACUUAUUUCUCCAUUCAGACAUUGGGAUGGCCUUACUUUUUAAUCAAGUCAUUCAGGCCCCUAGGAUAAUGGCUGUAGGGCUCUAAUUACUAUUGGUGUUGUUGUUGUUAUCAUCGCCAUUGUCGUCAUCCUUGCUGUUGUCGUCGAUGUCAUCAUCAUUGUCGACUCGUUAUCUUCAGAAACUAAAUCCAGUCUUAUGAUAAUAUGUUGAUCCUAGCUUUUCAA